UUCGUUUUGUUGGUCGUAACGGCAAAUAAGUUGUAAUCAUAGGUCAUAAAUCCACAACUUAAGUCCUUUCUAUGGUUUUUUUUACUGUGAGCUCAACACUGAGGACAACAGUGUGCCUUUUCUUGGCACAUAUUGGUAACAGUUGAUAUCUUGGAUGGUUGACCUUUUUUCUCAAAGAGAUGGACUCCAGUCACUCUGUUGAAGGCCUGGAUGCAGGAAAAGAUGGAGAGAGCACCGAAAAGGAAUCACAAGAUCAUCGAUCCUCCACGGAAGUGAAAUCAACACCAUCAGAUGUGGAUUCAGCAGCAGAGGACCUGAGACAGAUGGAGUCAGACAGAGCUGAAGAAAAUAAAGCAGGAGAAGGAGGAGAUGAAGCAAACACGGCAGGAGCCGAUGUGGUUGCUUUAAGACCAGACUCAGGUGAUCAAGAAGGACUUGCAACAGAAGCUUUACAUGACCUUACAGCCACAUUUCUGACUUCUCUACCGGAAACGGUAGGUGCAGAAACUGUGCGUGAAGAUGGAGAAGAGACCCAUUCAGUGUCUGCUGGACAAGGAGCAGGAGGUGACAUGGUCGUAGUCCUGGAUGGAAAGGCGCCGAACACCAAUGAGCAGCAGACAAGUGCUGGAGAGGAUGGAGAGAGCACCGAAAAGGAAUCACAAGAUCAUCGAUCCUCCACGGCAGUGAAAUCAACACCAUCAGCAGCAGAGGACCUGAGACAGACAGAGUCAGACAGAGCUGAAGAAAAUAAAGCAGGAGAAGGAGGAGAUGAAGCAAACACGGCAGGAGCCGAUGUGGCUGCUUUAAGACCAGACUCAGGUGAUCAAGAAGGACUUGCAACAGAAGCUUUACAUGACCUUACAGCCACAUUUCUGACUUCUCUACCGGAAACGGUAGGUGCAGAAACUGUGCGUGAAGAUGGAGAAGAGACCCAUUCAGUGUCUGCUGGACAAGGAGCAGGAGGUGACAUGGUCGUAGUCCUGGAUGGAAAGGCGCCGAACACCAAUGAGCAGCAGACAAGUGCUGGAGAGGAUGGAGAGAGCACCGAAAAGGAAUCACAAGAUCAUCGAUCCUCCACGGCAGUGAAAUCAACACCAUCAGCAGCAGAGGACCUGAGACAGACAGAGUCAGACAGAGCUGAAGAAAAUAAAGCAGGAGAAGGAGGAGAUGAAGCAAACACGGCAGGAGCCAAUGUGGCUGCUUUAAGACCAGACUCAGGUGAUCAAGAAGGACUUGCAACAGAAGCAGAUGCAGAAAUUCAAAGUGAAGAUGCAUCAGACAAAACAAAAACCAAAACAGAGACCCCUCCUGCAGAAGCAGCACCAACAGCAGGAUGUGACACUGGUGAUACCGGAUCGAGAAGCAAAAAGCCUAAGGAACACGAAGGAAUAACACAGACAACAGAAGUGGAAGAGACCGAACAGAGAGCUCCUCCAACACUCAACAAUCAACAAUCAACACAACACUUACCGGUGGGGCUGGCUAUAGGAGCAGUGUUACUCCUGGUGUUCGCUGUGUUUGUUCCAUGUCUUUGGCCCGCUCCUGAGCCAGAAAAGCCAAACCUGGACAAAGUAGAAGUGUUCCGGGAGGAGAUGGCGAAGGUUGAACGGAGCUUCCGCAAUCAGCGGUCAGAGCUGUGGAGGCGCAGCCGUAUACACCUCCAGCGCCACCUGAAGUCCGCCAAGCCCAGCGAGCCUGUCAGCCUGAUCUUGGUGGGGGGCCGAAAGGCAGAAAGGACCCUGAAGUGCCUGGCUGCACAUCUGGCUAAAGCCUUCUCCUCGUCCCUCAAUGGAUCUGUGCUUCAGGUGGACGGUAGCAGUCUGGCCAACAUGGACCACGACCAGGUGAAGCUGGACCUGGACAACCAGCUGAAAGACGCCUUUGAGGGCGACAAGCCGGCUGCCGUCAUCCACCGUCUGGAAGAGCUGCCGCCGAGCUCCACGCUCAUCUUCUACCGCUACUGCGACCACGAGAACGCCGCCUACAAGGAUCCUCUCCUGGCCUUCACCGUGCUCCUGCCGCAGGACGCCGUGGAUCCCGAGUUCAGCAUCAGCCAAGUGGAAGAGAUGGCGCACAGCCACCUCCACGACAAGUACCUGACCUCAGAUCAGCCGGACACUUUUGACAGAAUGGACGUGGACAAGCUGAGUGGGCUGUGGAGCCGCAUAUCCCACCUCAUACUGCCUGUGAAUGUGGAGGAGCACAUGGAGAAAGGGGGCUGUGACUGGGAGUGAGAAAGACACUGGAGGAUCAUGGACUCACCAGAAUAAUUACAGAAUAAAAGAGAAAGAAUUAAGUCUGAGUAAAGGAGAGGGCAUGUUAGUCCUUUUUCAGAUUUGUCCUGCGUCUUUCCUGAUUUAGUGAGGGAUGAGUCCUUAUAACUUAACUUGCACUUUUGUCGCGAUAAAGAAAGAGACACUUAACACUUUGGAAGUGAUUGAAGAGCAACGUGAAAGCGAAUGAAAGCAUUCCACAAGUGUGUUAAGAUUUUUUGAAGGGUGUUCUUAUGAGUUUUGAUAAAAUGUUAUUUGAUUACUUCAAAUGUGCCUUUAAAUUAAAAAAUAAAAUAAAAAGGUCAUUUUUGUGUGGUUCCUGUUAUAUUUUUAGACAAGCCUCAG